AUGGCGGCUACGGCGGCAGCCUCCCGGGGAGGCAAGCGGGCCGGCGGGGGCGGCGGGCAGGGCGGCGGCGGCGGGGCCGCGGGCCGGGGAGCCGAGGAGGAGGCGCCGCCGCCGCUGCAGGCCGUGCUGGUAGCGGACAGCUUCAACCGUCGCUUCUUCCCCAUCUCCAAGGACCGGCCCCGGGCCCUGCUGCCCUUGGCCAACGUGGCCUUGAUUGACUACACCCUGGAGUUUCUGACUGCCACGGGGGUGCAGGAAACGUUUGUCUUCUGCUGCUGGAAGGCCCCUGAAAUCAAAGAGCACAUACAGAAAUCUAAGUGGUGCCUGCCAACUUCACCCAAUGUGGUUCGCAUCGUGACCUCAGAGACGUACCGCUCCCUGGGGGACGUGCUCCGGGACGUGGACGCCAAGGCUUUGGUGCGCUCUGACUUCCUGCUCGUCUAUGGGGAUGUCAUCUCUAACAUUAACAUCGCCCACGCCCUGGAGGAGCACAGAUUGCGGAGGAAGCGGGAGAAAAAUGUGUCAGUGAUGACCAUGAUCUUCAAGGAGUCCUCCCCCAGCCACCCCACCCGGUGCCCUGAGGACAACAUUGUGGUGGCCAUGGACAGCGCCACCCACCGGCUUCUUCACUACCAGAAGACUCAUGGGCUCCGGCGCUUCUCUUUUCCCCUGAACCUGUUCCAGGGGAGUGGGGAAGGAGUAGACAUUCGGUACGACUUGUUGGACUGUCACAUCAGCAUCUGUUCCCCUCAGGUGGCCGAACUCUUCACCGACAACUUUGACUACCAGACCCGGGAUGACUUUGUGCGAGGCCUGCUGGUGAAUGAGGAGGUCCUGGGAAACCACAUUCACAUGCAUGUCACCACCCGGGAGUACGGAGCUCGUGUUUCCAACCUGCGCAUGUAUGAGGCAGUGUGUGCUGACGUUGUUCGCCGCUGGGUCUAUCCCCUCACCCCGGAGAUGAACUUCACCAACAGCCCGGCCCACAGCUGCACUCACUCCCGACACAACAUCUACCGGGGGCCUGAGGUGAGCCUGGGCCACGGCAGUGUCCUGGAGGAGAACGUGCUCUUGGGCGCCGGGACAGUCAUCGGCAGCAACUGCACCAUCAGGAACAGCGUCCUCGGCCCCGACUGCCACAUUGGUGACAACGUCUUACUGGACCAGGCCUAUCUAUGGCAAGGUGUUCGGGUGGCCAGUGGGGCACAGAUUCGUCAGUCUCUCCUGUGCGAUCAUUCCGAGGUCAAGGAACGGGUCACUCUGAAGCCCCGCUGCGUCCUUACUUCCCAGGUGGUGGUGGGCCCAGACCUCGAGCUGCCUGAGGGCUCUGUCAUCUCACUGCAUCCUCCUGAUGAGGAGGAAGAGGAUGAUGACGGCCAGUUCAGCGACGACUCUGGAGCGGACAGAAAAGAGAGAGUGAAGUCGACAGGUUACAACCCAGCUGACGUGGGUGCGGCGGGCAAGGGCUACCUCUGGAGAGCGGAGGGCGUGAGCCCCAGGGAGGAGGAGGAUGAAGAGGAGCUGCGGCAGAGCCUGUGGGGACUCACAAUCAACAUGGAUGAAGAGAGCGAAAGUGACAGUGAACAGAGUCUGGGCUCCCAGGAGCUGGACAGCCGGGCAGGCUCCCCUCAGCUGGAUGACAUUAAAGUGUUUCAGAAUGAAGUGGCGGGAACGCUGCAGCGGGGCCAAGAGGAGAAUAUCUCCUGUGACAACCUGGUCCUGGAAAUCAAUUCCCUGAAGUACGCUUACAACAUCAGCCUCAAGGAGGUGAUGCAGGUGCUCAGUCAAGUUGUCCUGGAGUUCCCCCUGGAGCAGCUCAACUCCCAGCUGGACCCCAGCUGCUACUGUGGCCUCCUCCUACCUCUGCUACGGGCCUGGAGCCCUGUGUUCAAGAACUACAUCAAGCGCACAGGAGACCACCUGCAGGCCCUGACAGCUAUUGAGGACUUCUUCCUGGAACACGAAAGCCUGGUCACCUCCCUAGCCAAGGUGCUGAUGACGUUCUAUGAGCUGGACAUCCUGGCCGAGGAGACCAUUCUGCAGUGGUUCCAUCAGAGGGACCUGUCUGACAGGGGCAAACGACUCCGAAAGAAUCAGCGGUUACAGAAUUUCAUCCAGUGGCUCAAGGAGGCGGAAGAGGAAUCGUCAGAUGAACAAGACUGAGGCUCGGCGGGGGCUGCCCCGUGCAUGUGGCCUCCCCUGUUGAUCCCUGGGAAAGGGCAUGUGUGGAUGAGGAAGCCCAGACGUGAGCUGCUGCCCUGUGGCCUGGGACUCUGGGCACGUCCCCCCAGUCAGAAGCCCCAGGGCCCCCGGCAGCAGGUUUAGGGCGUGGGCCUGCCAGGAAGAAACAUCUGGCUCGGGGCAGUCCCCAUGUCCAGGGGUGGUUCUGUGUCAGAGAAUCUCAUCCUCAGGAGGACGUUUUUCUAAAGACCACAGGCUCACCUUUGCUCGCUCACCUGACCUCUCUUGGGGGAUGGCAGUGAGUGACUGGGGGCCCUCUGCUGCUUGUAUUGACAAUUUGAAAAAAAGUGUGUUUUGUUUCUGCCCUGCUCUGCCUUAACUGGCUCUUGAGGUGUGGGGUGUGGAGGCAGCCCCCUUGGGUCCAGAACCACCAGGUGGAGCUAGGGGGUGUGAUGGGGCUGGCUGUGGGCCUGGGGAGAAGCCUCCAACCCCAGAGCUGUGGGGCCUGAAGCUUGGGCAGAGCCAGACAGAGGACGUGAAACUUGGCUUUCUUGCCAGGCAGUCCUGUGUGAGACACCUCGUGCUGCCUCCUACUGGGCCACCUGGAGCGGAGCCUCCAGCCAAGAGGGUGGUGGGUUAGCUCACCUCCUGCAGCAGCCAGCUGUGGGGUUCUGAGGAGGGGCCUCUCCUGCCUCACCACCAGGAAACAAAUAAAUUGGCUGUUCCAUCCUU